AUGGAAAACAGAGAAGACUUCCCGCCAGACCGUAAAAUUCGUGUUGGUGGUGUGGUGAAAGAGAAUUCUGUUCGCCAUCUUUCAGAUGUCAACUUUUUGACUUGUUUUACCAUCACUGAUUUAAAAUAUGAUAUUGAGAUUGAGUAUAAAGGAAUAUUACCUGAUUUAUUUGAAGAAAAUAGCACAGUAAUAUGUGAAGGAUUUAUGAUGGGUCAUAAUAAGCUGAAAUGCACCAAUGUUUUAGCAAAACAUGAUCAAAGAAAUGGAAUGCCUCCUGAAAUUGCGUAUGAAGUUGAAAAGAAUCGAAGAGAAAUUGAAAGACGAAAAUUAUAUGAAGAGCAACAACAAAUGAUGUCUGGUGAAGCUGUUUCUUCAAAAUAG